AUGGCGAGUAAAUAUGGUAGCUGGGAGACCGAGGAGAAGCCGCCAUCAUCUGUGAGAUGCAGAAGAGCCCAGACGUUAGCGAAGGGGAGUUGGAAUUUCUAUUACAUCACCAUGCUGCGGGAUCCAGUGUCCCGAUACCUGAGCGAGUGGAAACACGUCCAGAGAGGGGCCACGUGGAAAACCUCCCUCCACAUGUGCGACGGGAGGAGCCCCACCCCGGACGAGCUGCCCACCUGCUACCCCGGGGACGACUGGUCCGGGGUCAGCCUGCGGGAGUUCAUGGACUGCACCUACAACCUGGCCAACAACCGCCAGGUGCGCAUGCUGGCCGACCUCAGCCUGGUGGGCUGCUACAACUUGACUUUCAUGAACGAGAGCGAGAGGAACGCCAUCUUGCUGCAGAGCGCCAAGAGCAACCUCAAGAACAUGGCGUUCUUCGGGCUCACGGAGUUCCAGCGCAAGACGCAGUUUCUCUUCGAGAGGACAUUCAACCUCAAGUUCAUCUCCCCCUUCACGCAGUUCAACAUCACGCGGGCUUCCAACGUGGAGAUCAACGAGGGCGCCCGCCGGCGCAUCGAGGAGCUCAACUUCCUCGAUGUGCAGCUCUACGAGUACGCCAAGGAUCUCUUCCAGCAGCGCUACCACCGCACCAGGCAGCUGGCGCGCCAGAGGGACCGGCAGAGGAGACGCGGGGAGCGCAGGCCACAGCGAGACCACAGGGGCCACCGCUGGCCCAGGCAGGAGGGGAGCCCCGAGGGGGCCGUCACGGAGGACUACAACAGCCAGGUGGUGAGAUGGUGACCCCAACCCCGGCCGCCGCCCUCCCCUCCCGCGGAAGGGGGAGCCCGAGCCCGCGCGCUGGCCUCACCUUGGAGAAUGUGGGACCACGCCGAGUACGUCUGGCCCGUAGGUGGCUUGCUUGGGACCCGCUCCCCUCCUUGCUUCCUCUCUGUCUUCACCUUUUCCCAGCCAGAGAUGAUCCAUCUGGUUCUUUUCUUUUUUUUUUUUCUGACAUUUGUCAAUCUGUGAUAUUAAGUAGGGUAAGGAAUGCACCCAACGGGAUAGACCUCUUUAGAAGGUCAAGGGGCAAAGCACCAACAAAGGAAAGAGUCCUUGCGAUUGUUUUUUUCUUUUUUGCAGCAGCAGCAGCCCAGGUGGUAGGUUGGGCCAUUGGAACCUACUCAAGUACACAUGAAAAGCCAAAUUGUGGCUUGGAUGUUCUGCUGAAACUGAUCGGCUCAUAUUGUCUCUUUAAUGGAAAUACUGCUGUUGAAAGAGAGAGGAGGAGAAGGCUUUUUCAGCCUUCCCAUGAGGUUUAAGGCCAACUCUCUCAGCUGUUGGCUCUCAUCUUUGAACUCUAUUCGAGUGUGGUUUAAACCAUAAGUAGUGCAACGUGUUUCAUUGUUAUGGUUAUUUUUCAACAUGAUUACCCUGCUACUGACCAUCACUGCAGACUCACAUCCUCUGCAUCUUAUCCCCGAGCCAUGCUUCUCCCCCAUCUUUUAUGGAAAGGCUAGUAGAUUCAGGAGAUGUGUGCCUGUGGCCCCAGAGAAAGGAACGUGGGUAAGGACAUUCAGGAGAGAACAGGCUUAUUAAUGAAUACCUAAGGAGAACACCCUUCACCAUUUUUUAUUUUCAGUAUAAGGAAUGAAAGAUAAAUUAAGAAGGGAGAAAAGCAGGAGGAUAACUACCUGUCCACCAUUUCCAAUCUGACUGCAGAACCUUAGUUUUUUUAAUGAGGGCUAUUUUAGAGUUUUUCCUAUUUGGAGCAGACCUCUUAUCUGAUACAGCACUGCCAGGUUUGAAACUCCACUGUCAUAGAGGAAAAGACACUUAAAAGGAAUUUGGCCUUUAGUAUAGGAGCUCAGCUAGCGUGUAUGCAAAAUAAAGUCAAGAUCACUAACUUAAAAACUAACUCUGACUUAGGCCAUGAGACAUGGAAUGCAGUGCGUGUUUACUCCAGGAG